AUGGGGACGGUUGACUAUAUAUGUGAUAUACGGGAGUACCUAGUGCAUCUUCCUCGGCUCUCCAACUACCAAGUUAAUGAUACUGUACUUUAUCAGCUCUGGAAGGUGCUUUUCGAGUGUUUGAACCAGGGCCGCAGCAAAGGGAUUGUGGACUGGAAGAAGCUGCUACGCGUGUAUGAAAGCCCAAAUUGGCAGAACGGGGUAUUUCAGUCAAUACAUCUUCCGGCUGAAUGGCGAGAGAAGUUUUUGGAGGAGUAUACGGGAACAGGCGAGGGUGUGGGCAACGAUCACCGUGGGACUAGCUGCAACAAGCUCUGCCAGCCAACAGAAACUGUGUACUACUGCUUUAAUUGCACUAAGAACCCGCUAUACGAGAUAUGCGACGAAUGUUUCGAUCCCACAAAACAUGUUGGUCAUCAGUAUACAUCAAAGGUUGUGAGCCGUCCAGAAGGUAAGGUUUGCCAUUGUGGAGACCCAUCUGGGUUGAGCAAUCCAGAAGAGGGGUUCGAAUGUAAAAGUGCACUUAAUAAUCUACCACGGCGAACAAUGAGUUACGAACAUGAUGAGAGCUUGGUUUCGAUAUUGGCACACGUUUUGGACUACAUUGUUGAUACUAUGAUGCAGCUGAAAGAGUGGACCAAUGAUGAUAUCUUUCUGACUUUACCCAUGACUUUGGAACAGCAGUCAGAAUACUAUGCAUUACAACUAUACGAAAAAGAUUGCAAAAUUCACAUAAAGGACUUAGCUGCAAAGAUAAGCAGGGUAUUGUGCAAGCCCCUCGAGUAUGGGAUUAUGAUGGUCGAAAAACUAGUGCGUGGGGAAGCUUUUGUCAUCCUAUUGGAGUCUAAAGAUACCCAGAAGCUUAAAACUGUAAAAGAAAUAUUCACAAACGAACAUAUCGCGACGCAUAUUAAAAACAAGAACGAGGUUUUUCGUGAAAAUCUAGUGGACGAACUCAUUAGAUGGAUCUAUGAACUUUGCUACAAGCGCCCAAAUGUCCAGAGGAAGUUAGCGCUACGGGUAGCCAUGAUGAGUACAUGGAAUUCAAAACUUUUGGGUAUGACUUUGAGAUCACAGGCAACAAUGGUUCCCUAUUGGUCAAAGAUUUAUCUUCUAGGGAAUUUUACUGUGCAGUAUAGCCAGCGAACUAGCUUUCCUUGGUGCUCUCCAUGGAGCUUUGACGAGGCUAAGAAUGAGCAACACGAUCCAAGGGUUUUAGAGAUUAUGAAAGAGUAUGAUAAGCGCUUAGCUGAAGUUGUACCCGACAACUCUACUGCCAAGUAUCAGCCAUUAAACGGUUCGAGAUUUCAAUAUUUGAUAACCGAUGGGACAGCAGUUAUGUCGAAAGUUUCCCGAUAUAGGAUGAUGAAGGUUAUCUGCUCCAUGUUCACAAUAAUAGAUGAUUCAAAGAAGUGUUUAGCAGCACAAUAUUUGGACGUCUAUUGCGCAGUUCUCUACAAUACUGUAGCAUCAGAAUCAACAGACUACAAGAUAUCAUUGAUGAAUAUGUUAUCACAAUACAUUUUCCAGAAUCCGCAAAUUGCCAACAUGAUCAUAACCAAAGCACCCGGAUUUAUUCAACGUGCUUUACAAUUUGCUUUUGCACUAUUAUCGUUUGCUCCGGCAACCUUAAUAAACUGUCCUCCAAUUCCUCUAUCCUAUGAUUUCAAAUUACCAGAUGAUAGUAUAAAGAGCAAGAGAUCAGUCGUUUGCUUCAAAGAUAUCUAUCUGAUAAUGUCUACUAAUACUGUACCUGAAUCAGUUUUCCAAAAUCAAGAACUCACCUCGGUCAUAAUCAAGUGCUUUGCAUCGUUUAAUAAUAUUCUGCCCCUAAGGAGAGAGGCCAAGGAACACGUAGAGUUUGAAAACUUUGAUUUUUCUUCUUAUUAUUUCUUAUUCUCUUCGAUCCUAGUGAUGGUCGAUGGUUUUGUAAGAAACGUGUGCCUGAUUAAAGACCCGCGGCGACGCCGCGAAGUCGUGUAUGACUUAUUGGAUAGGUCAAUAUCCCUGGAAAUUAAGAUGUUAAGCUGUUUUAGAAAUUCCAUCCCAUUUUCGGAUUCACUUUGGGAUUCAUCAGAUGCUGAACCGCAGGUUAAAAUGGUUAGGGAAACUAUCUACAAUGUGACGUCUAAUAUAAUCAGUUUCCAGGUUGGAAUCGAUACUCAAAAUUUUUUCAAUCCAAUGUCAUACUUCUUCAAAUUCGUACUGCAAUGGAGUCAAUGUGGGAGAUAUGAGACUUUACCAGAGGAACUUAAAGGAUACAUCAACUUAGUUUCCUUUUUCAAGGAGAAUAAGAAGUUAAUCUUUAUGGCUGAGUCGGCGUUAUCUACGUUGGUAUUGAUAGCACAGAUAAACUCUGGGUUUUGGGUUCGAAAUGGUGCACCGAUCAUUCAUCAACUGAGAAUGUACACCAAGUAUAGUAUGCGCGAGUUCACUUAUUUCAGUGAUAUUUUUAACCUACAACUAGCGAUGAGUUUAUCGCCCCCGAAUGACUUUAUGGUAACGUUUAUUUCCAGAUGGCAUCUAAAAAAUUGGACGGAGGGUGUUCCUAUAGAUGAUUAUCCAGACAAAGAUGUCACCUCCUCCAUGGUGGACCAAUGUUUGUUGUUAUUAAUCCAGCUAUUGUCAGAGGUGCGAUCCCUAACAAUGUCAUCUUCAGUAGAGGGAUUUGAGAAAACAAUGCGCUCCGAGAUUAUCCACGCAUUAUGCUUCCACAAUUGCAGUCAUAGCAAUCUAAUGAAUGUGAUCCCAGAGCAUGUGACUAAGCAUCCCGCCUUCGAUUUAUAUCUUGAGCAUUUAGCCAACUACACUCCCCCGAUUGGAAUAACUGACCAUGGUGUCUAUACCUUGAAGGAAGAAUACAUGAAUGAAGUUGAUCCAUAUUUCGUUGGCUUUUCUGCUACAAAGAGAUAUGAGGCCGAAAAGUUAAUGAGAAGUAGAAUGGAAAGUAAUCAGCUUAUACCUUACAUGGAUACUUUCGUGCCGGCAAAAAAUGUAAUAAUGGAGUUGCAGUUUACACCUUUUUCUGGUCUAUACCAAAUAACAAGCACUGAUAUUUUUGGCAUAUUCAUAAAGAGCACCUUGGAGCACAUUGCAAAAUUCAAAUAUGAAGCGAUGCUCUCAAAAGUCGCGCACAUUAUACAUCUAUGCUUUAUCAACAACCUGAAUGGAUUUGUUAAUGUUUUUUGGAGAGAGUAUUCCUUUGACGAGACGGCUCUAUCCUUCUAUAAUAGCAUUGGGUCCUUGUUGUUUUCAUUUCUAUUGGAUGAGGAUUUUUGCAGUGAUCAUGGAAAAAUCCGUGAGAUCUUCAGCUUGCUACAAAGAGAAGCACCUCAUGUUGACGUUGAUGGCUACUUGAACGAGCAGACACCGAACUAUGAUCCUCAAAUUUGGAAGUCACGUAGUAGAGAACUCAAAAAGGGCGAAGAUGAAUAUGAAAAGAAGAGAUUGGCCAAAAGGAAGCGCGACAGGUUGUUACGAAAACUUGCUAAACAACAGCAGCAGUUUAUGGAAAACAAUAAUGUGACACCUGAGGAUAUAGACUCUCGAGAGACGACUAUCGAUGGAAGUUUUAGUGCCAUAGGAUGGGAGUACCCUGAUGAUACUUGUGUGUUCUGCAAAAUGCCUCGUGUAGAGAACGACACAUUUGUGUACUUCACACACUUCGAGCAGAACACUGUGGACAAGUAUACUGACUUCGGCAAAUUGAAUUUACUGCAGAGCCUCUAUACUUCUGCAAAGCCACAACCCCUCUUCCCAUCACCCGGUAGUACAAGUAUAUGCCAUGUAGUGAAGGCUUGCGGUCACGGCUCGCACUUUUCAUGCAUGGAAAGGCAUAUGAAGGCAUCCAGAAAUGCGCAUAAUCAUAUGACUAAAAAUGUGCCUAAUGGUUUAGGAUUUUCGUUACUUUUUUGCCCACUAUGCAACUCGUUGGUCAAUUCCUUUAUUCCACGACUCUCUGAUGUGAAUACUAGGUGCGACGAAGAAUUAUUUGCAGGCACUCAUGAAAACAAAUAUUCGAUGUCAUCAGAAGAGUUGGAUACUCUUUGCCUAAAAUCACUGAUAAUAUUUUGUUCCUUGACCGUUCAAUCCAAGUUUUCUAGAUUGCCUGACAUUUAUACCUUGUUUUGUUCGGUCAUAGCCAACACUAUUUCCAAUAUCGAGUUAAUCACCCGUUCAGGGGAUACAACCAUCCCCAUUACGAAAAGGUUGACGAAUCAGCAAUUGUUAACAUUACGGCUUCUGACCGAGAUGAAAAUCUAUAUCCUAGAAAGAAAGUUGUUUUCUCACCAAACUGGGAAGAUCACGGGCAUUCCGAUACCAGCCGUCCGUGAAUAUGACGAUUGGGCUGCGUUCAAUGUUGAAUUUCUACACAGUAACUUGUUGUUGGAUGCCUGCCGUUAUCUGAACCCCAUAACACGAAAGGGAUAUCCUCUAUCGGCGUUCGUAUAUGCUUCAAUAAAAAGGAAGCUACAUCAAAUAUUUAUCGCGCUAUCCACCACUUUAGUGGAGGAUUCCGAUUGCAUGAUCGAUGGUGACCAGAAUGUGAUGGAUUGGGACGUGGAUGACAUUGACUCUGGCCAAGAGGGCGCUGAUUCCGUCCUAGGCGUUGUUCUAACUUACAUUGUUGCUUUAUCGACAGCAAUUUCAAUUGACCGCUCCCAGUUAAAUCGUGUCGCAAAAUGGAAAGUUCUAUUGUAUAAUGUGACUGAAAAAGCUCUAACCGUGUUUUUAAGAAGAUUUCUGAUGCUAAUCUUUGCAGAGUAUCCGAUCACUAAACGCGAAUGCAACACAAUAGAGCUGGAGUUGUCUUCACUAUUAUCUUACUUCGGCGUACCACAGUUGGACAGCAUAUUAACUGAUUUUCGCGUGAACGAUUUGCCGCUUACGAAAGCUACGAUUAAAGAAGCAUCGAAAGGGCCCAAUAUUCAAUCUUACGCACAAAAAGUUUAUUCUUUACGAGUUGAAUCACCUUAUGGCUCACCUUUAAUUCCGCUACCACAUAGGCUUUCGGAUUUGCUUUCGGAUGAGGAGGAACAGUUGCAAUACCGCAUCAACAGACAUGAGGUGGCGAUGUGUCUAUUUUGCGGCACAAAAGUAUUUAUUCAAAAUGCUUCCAUGUUGCAUAAUUUCAUGAUUGGGGAAUGUACUAAUCACUAUUCGAACGAAUGCACACAGACGGCUGUGUACGGAUGCUUUCUAUUGGUUCGCAGCAAUACAGUGUAUUUGGCCUACGGAGAUCGUGGCACAUUCUUCAAGGCGCCAUAUGUGAAUAAGCAUGGCGAGGUUGAUGAAGAUUACAAAUAUGGAACGCCUGUUUUCCUAGAUGAGAAACUAUACUCGCACUUAGGAAACGAUAUAGUCCUUGGAGGCAAAAUACCUCACUUAGUGCACCGGCUGACGGAGAACAUGUCUGACGUUGGUGGCUGGGAAAGCAUGUAA